GUACUGCAGGGAAUGCUGCGGUUGCCAUGGUGCGGCGUCAGCGGUAGGAAUGGAGCAAACCUCAAGCAAGGCGUGGACCAAAUAAAUAGCUGUCAGGAUUAUACUCCGGUUUGCUGUUUAACUGUGGAUAAUUACAGGACGACGCACUUAAAAAAAGAUAGCCAUGACAGUUUCCAAAUAGGGCGGACGUCUAACGUUAUGCCUUCUUAUAUGUAACGGUAGCUAGCUAAGUUAGCUUAAGUUCAUAGUAUCUUGCUAGCUAGAUAGCUAGCUAGCUAAUAGUUGAAGCUAUGUAGCGUUAGCUAACAUUAGUCGAUCGAGUCCAAACAACAAGCCGUGAAUUGCUACAAAGUUAAAGGUAAACCAGUCGGCAAGAUUUAAAAGAGUAAACGCGGAAAACUGACAGGUUGGUGCCAGCAGACGCCGAGCGGUAACGUUAAAACACACUCCACCUGUUGAUGGUAGUCUUUUUUUUUGUUGUUGUUGUUGCUAUAGCUAAGCUAAUAAGCUAUUAUUAUCAGUCAGUCCUCCAUCACCGUUAGCUUUCUACAACCCCUUUGGGGCUAACGUUUGCCAAUGCAAAUGCGCUGAAUGUUGUUUGGAACCUCAUCUAACAAAGCUACUUCUCUCUUAUUGACGUCUAUUUUAUCAUGUUGCAUUUGAGUAUAGAUCCCACUAACCUACUAGCCACAUUGUAGCUUUUACCUGACCGUUAGUCUCACAACAAUACACCUGUCAACAGCAGACGGCCUACUGUAAUCCAAUCUGUGCGUGUCACACAGAUGGCAGGCCAGAGGAAGCUUGUAGUAGCGCUAUAUUAAGCCCUUGAUAACACGCAUCUGUUUGAAUAAUUGUUUUCACUAGCUGGAGAGCUUGUGACCCGACUGCAUAUAUUCUCUCAGCUAUAAUAGAGUUAUCAGAAGCCUCCGGAGACAGUCAGACAUAAGCACGAUGAACCCGAAGAUGUGAAUGAUGAUGUCAACAGAGAUGAUGGGGAUAUAAUGGAACCAAUCUAAUGAGAUAUGUUACAAUAAGCUGACCUUAAUACUCCUAUACACCCAGCCAUAUUUGAUAAUAAUGCACAGCAUUUCUUCUUAAAGUGACAACAUGGAAUCUGAAAACAUAUCUGAUCCGUAUCAAGACAAUCGGGAUGUUAUUCAAAGUCGUCAGUCACUCCAGAGUACAAAGGAAGAUUCCCGAGCAUCAUCUUUCCAAAAACACAAAAAGAACUACCAGGACAAGAUCCAGGAUGAGGGGGAAAAAGACAGCUGUGUUGAGAGUAGAUCCAAAACCCGAACCUGCCGUUCAGAUCCAGACCGGGACCAGAUAUCAGAUGAAGAGGGACAGAGAAGUAGUCGGUCGUUGUACUCAGAGGACUAUGAGAAUGAGUCUCCUUCAGACCGCUCGAUCUCCCCAUACUCCCGGUCCCGGACUCCAUCCCCUACUCCUCAAAGAGGGGUGCGGACAAAGAGGAUUUAUAACAGCCCCCUCUACAAGACAGUUGGUGUGGGGCGCCGGGGUGUGUCUCGCCCACAGCGUCCAGGUGGCCAGCCUCUGAUCCAGCAGCAUCGCAGGGGAAUGCUUUCACAAAGCAAGGAGUCCACACCGCCUAAAGACCUGGACCUGGUCACCAAGAGGAUGCUUUCAGCCCGCCUGCUGAAGAUCAAUGAGUUGCGUAACUCCCUUGCUGAGCUGCAACAACGCACUGAUGAGCUGCAGAAGGAAAAUCGAGUUCUCAGACAGCUUCAGGUGCGUCAAGAAAAAGCCCUGCAUCGCUACGAUGACACAGAAAGCGAGAUUUCCCAGUUACUGUCACGCCACAACAAUGAGACCCACGUGCUGCGUGAGCGGCUCAGGCGUACUCAGGAGCGGGAGCGGGCAACCGAGCGGCGGAUGAAGGACAGCGAGGAGCAGCUACAGAGGAGUCAGGGGACAAUCGCACGGCUGAAGAAGCUGGUCGACCAGCGAGAGUUAGGAACCAGAGACGAGCUAAGCCGCAAGCUAGAGGAAGAGAAGACCCGGGCACAAGAGGCGGAACGCAAGAUUAAGGAGCUGGAGCGUAGCAUGGAGCUGAGCAACAGCAGUUACCAGAGGCAGCUGGCUGCAGAGAGGAAGAAGACAAUCAGUGCCCAGGAAGAGAUCAGGACUCUGCAGGAGGAGCUGGAACGACUGACCAUUAAACUCAAGGAGAAAGAGAGAGAACUAGAUGCUAAGAACAUCUAUGCCAACCGCGUGAUGAAACCCGCACUUAGGAAAGAUGUUGACAGUGGCACAAAGCGGAAAGUCCCCAGCAGGAGCAGCACCAAGGCAGUGCAGACUAAAGACAGGACAUCCAGUGUGGAUUUCCCCACACCUCCCCCUGCUAUUACUGAUGCCAAUGAGUACAUUGAACAUGCACCUGACGAAUACCUAUCACUCAAGGAGCUCGACGGAGUGGACAGACAGGCAGAGACAGAAGACAGACAUCAAAAGUGGGAACAGCAGAAGACGAGAGACAGAGAAAAAGACAGAGACAAGGAGGAGGAGUUGGUGAAGGAGAAAGAUAAAGAGCUGGAGAGAGAGGAGAAGCGGCAACUCAAAUUGGAGCUUAAUGUGCUGGAGGAGAAGGCAAAGAGACUAAGAGAUGGCUGGGAGAAAACAAAAGAGGAAGAAGAUAGAAAGAGGACAAGCUCCCUGUCAAACCAGGAGGAAGAGAACAACCGGAAGCGUGGCCAUGUCCAGGAAGAGGUGCAGAGGUGGAACCAGGAGGUUCUGGCCAAUCAGCAGGCAGCAGCGGAAGCACGCCGCAAAAAAGAACAGCUGCUGGCUAAGAUGCGUGAAAUAGACGGUCAAGACAACAGAACCCAGGACACCAUGUUUGCUGAGUCUAGUCCUAAAGCUACCAGUAACUAUUCUUCUCCUCAGCAGAGGAACCUUAACUCUUCCAUUUUUAACCACACCGAAUCAGAGGAUUCGGCCAGUUUGCGCGCUGGUGCUGGAAGCGGGGAAGGCGGAAAGAGAAGAUCAGGCAUGGAGGGUGGAGCUGCUACAACAGGAGUAGGGAGGAGAGCACCGCGGCCCCAAAUCUCCAGUGACGACUUGGCAUUUGGAAGCUACGCGCCUUCUUUCGGGCGUUCAGCUUCUCGAGGUUCCUCAGGCUUCCCACCACCUCCGCCCAAAGAGGACAGGGACUCUGCAUUAGAAGCAAUAGGUGUUUUUAGAGGGGUGGAGAUGGAGAAAGAAAAGGAGAUGGAAAGAGGGUCGGGGAAGGAGAGGAAGUCUAGCCUCAUGCAGCAGCUAUUUGGUGCCCUGGCAACACCUGCUUGUGACAGUGUGAGCACCUCCAAUAAAAUGGAGGUCCUUAACAGUCCUCCAACUACCAAUGGAGUGCGUUCAAGAAGGGAAGGACUGCUCAGCUUCAACUCAGGGUCUUCCACCCCUCCAGCAUCCUCCCUGAACACCCUGCACGUGGCAGAGAGCAGGCCUGCCAUCCGUGCCAUCACCUCAUUUGAUGAUGACAUAGAGGAGCUUGUCUUAUAGAAGGCCAUCAAUGAUAACCGUGAGGUGAUCUCCAAAAUAAGAGAUGGAGGGAUGAACACGGUCUGUAUAUCUAAGUCCGAACACUAUUGAUUUCCCAAUACACAUUUUAAAAUGAUCAACAGAACCGAACUUAGAAGCGAAAAAAGGUUUCUACAAAGAAUCUAAAAUACUAUAUGACAAUAUAAAUGAUAAAUCAUUUAACUUGUGUGACUGUUUUUAAGGUUUCAUAUAGAAAAUCUUUAAUUUAAAGUGAUCUUCGAACAUUUAGAUACACGUGUGUAGACACAUGGAUGGCUGAAACUUAAUAUAGGAUUUUUUUACCCUUUGAUCUGUUUUAAUGCUAGUUGCACUCGUAAGUGUUGUGCAGUGUAGACAGUGGCUUUUACUUGUUACAUUUGAAGAGACUUCUCAGGUUGCCUUCCAGUUUUUCUGAUAGAAUAUAACUGGUAGUUUAUCCGACCAAUGCCACAACAAUAGCAACACCACAACACACAGAAUCCCUGCCCCGAGAAUGUUUGUCCAAUCAACAAAUGCAGGUCAAAAAUGAAACUGACUUUUGCUGCAAAUCACGUCUCUUUGCAUUUCACAUUUUAGCGCUUUGAAUAUUUUGAAGUAAUAAUAGUUUGGGGUUGCUGUUGUUGGAUAGUUUGGGAUCCUACAAUUCUUUGUGCUUCUUUAUAUGGACAAAUGUUAGUAUUUGGGCACAGACAUUUUGGAGUUGUUUUAGAGGCCAUGCCAUAAUAAUCUACCACUAAGGAAUAUGACAAUCAUAGUAUGUUUAAACUGCACCCUGGUCGUCUGUGAAUGUAUUUUUUUUUUUUUUUACAACUUUAUGAAAAUGGUUUUCUGCAGGUUAUGACCACCAAUAUCAUAUUAAUACUGAUUAAAUGUCCCAUUACAAAGAAAUAAUUUACCCUUUAGAAAAAUGGUAAAGUCCUAUUAUCAAAGUAUGCUAUAAAGUGAAAACAACCUCAUUGCAAGCUAGUGUAGUUUUGUGUUACAUUAAAUCAGUCUAUGAAAUGUUGUGUUUUAACAAAGAAAAGUUGUUCCUAUUUGAUUCACUUGACUUGAAUAUAUUGUAAAACAGUAAAUAUCAAUAUUGCCUGGUAUUGUUCUGUUCUGGGUCCUUGUCCCCGUCACUGAUAUGCUUCUUGUGAUGACAGCACCACACUCCUGCAGACAAUCAGCACUAAAACCUUCUUAUAUACUGUCUAUGACUAAAACCAGUGACAAAAAUGCUCUACUUUUAUCUAUUUAUUUAUGUUGAGUUCUUAUAGACUUACAUUACAACUCCAAAUGUGGCACAAGGCUAUUACCACAUUGUGACAAUAAGCUGUACAAUUGAUACCUGUAUAUUUUUUCACAUUGUUUGUAACAGAUUAAAACUGUGGUGAUCGGUCUGUA